ACGGCAGGACGACGACACGGGUGACGUUUGGCCGUUGUGGAAGAAAUCCAUGGGUGGUUGGGGCAGGAACAACAAGGCUUCUGCCUCGACUGCGAGACGGGGAAAGAAAGCGGCAGCUACGAGGAGCGAGGGCGAAGGCGACGUGGAGGCUGAGGGUGGGCGAAACUUUUGGAUAGUUGAACACAUGGUGGCCCUCAUCAAGGCAAAGCAGGACCAAAAUGUGCAUUUGCAGGGGAUGGGCCACCCGUACGCUCGCAUGAAGCCGAGGGAAGGGAAGUCGGCAGAUGUUCACGAGAGGUUGAAGAAGGGUGUUGACAGGACAACAGAUAAGUGUGGGAAGAAACAAGACAACUUGAUGCAGCAGUUCAAGAAGGUGCACCUGUUCCAAGGGGACUCUGGGAAACAAGACUUCUUUCAAUUAAUGGGGAAGGAGAGGUCAGUGAAUGGCUUCAGUUUGACCAUGGAUCGGGCCGUGUAUGAGGAGAUCAAGGCACCCACCGCGAAGAGUCACACCAUACACCCAAAGAAUGUCGCAGACACAGGCGAUUCGGGUGGUGUGCAGCUGCCGUCCGCGUGUUCUGGCGGGCCUGAAUCUGUUGACGAUGGGGAAGGGGGUGGCGACGGCAAUGAAGAAGAGGACAACUCCACGAAAGGUUCUUCACCAACGACGGGUAGCCCUGGCGGUUUUGGCAAGAGGAAGAACAUGAGGCAGCAGACUUUCGAAGCUCUGACAGAGUGCAUGGAGAAGCAUGGGACGCUAAUGGCAACGACGAUGGAGAGCGCUAGCAAGAGGCAGUGCUCCAUCCAAAUUCGGCAGUGCGAAACCAUGGAAGCGGAGCUUGAGGGGAUCGAAGCUGUGACCAGGCUAUGCGUGGACGACAUGAGGUUUUGGAACGAGACAGAGGGCAAUGGACUCUUCAAGCUGAUCCAGGAAGUGCGACUGUAUUUGCUGCCCAUGGCCAAGGGAGUCCCCCAUCCAAACAUCCGCCGGAGUAUAGUCCUCCCGCACUCCAACAUCCAGCAGCACAAAAUCGAGGACGAGUCGCAGCUGAAGGCGACGAAAGACAGGGGGAUCAAAGUGCAAAGCAUCGCCUUACGCGUCAUCCGUGGGUGGAUCUUCAAGUCCACGAGUUGCUCACGGGGCUACCACUCCCCGUACAGGUAUGUACUCAACCACAUGGUGACGAACAUCGUCCGCGCCAUGUGGUUUGGAGAGGACCGACGCACAUGUGUUAGCCCCGCUGUCCGCCCCAUCACGCUGGAGAUGGACAUGAUGCUCCCCAUUUGGUUUGUCUGGGCACACAUCGAGGACAAGCACAAGGACGACGAGUUGGCAUCCUACCAAGAGGUGACCCUGCAGCGCCUGGUGGGGGCUUUCAUGAGCGCCAUCACUCUAGCGGAGGGGAUCGACGGCGGGUGUGUCUCGUACGACAGGCUGAAGAACACUGCCGAGGUUAUGAGGGUUCUACUAGCGGCGACAAUGUGGCUUAUGAGGAUGAGCAGGGAUGAUCUGCGUUCCCAUUUCGAUGCCUCCUUGUUCGUUCAGCUCACCGUGAAGCCGACACUGGUGGCGUCCUUGCAUCAUUCAUUCGAUGCUCCUCGCCAUAUCCUUCAAGCAGCCACUGUCGUCAUGGAGAGGAUGGGCAAGCCCUCCAUGACGUUGGCGGACCCACCUCUCUACAUCCCAAACUGGGCAUUCUGCGGCAUCACUUUCGAACAUGAUGCCACUCUUCCAUUGUGAAUGGACGUGAAAAGGCUGGACUGGUUGGGGACUGGCCCCCUGGAGGAGGAAGAAGAUAAACCUGCCGCACCGAA